CACACACACACACACAGGCAGAGGGGUGGCAGAUCCACGCCGUGACAGAGACAAGGAGCUGCUCAAACAGACUCACAAACACACAUGCUGACACUGAGCUGUCCAUAAGAUGGAGAUUCUUAUUCACUUUGUUGAUACGAGCUGUUUAGUGCUUUUGUAACAAAAUCUUUAUUUUUUAGAAAGUUUGAGCUCUGACAGUGCUUUACAUCAUGGAUGUAGUGACACUGAUCGGUUCGGCGGGGGGACGGGGCCGCGCUCAGAAACUAAAAACAAAAUUAAAGUCAUACAAUUACGAGAAUACAAAAACAAAGUCAUAGUAUUAACAAGAUAAAAUCAUGAUUUUAGGAGAAGAAAGUUGUACGAGAAUAACGUUGAAAUAAUACUAGAAUAAAUAUUUGAGAAGAAAGUUGUCAUAUUUUUGAAAAUAAAGACAUAAUGUUGACUUUAUUAUCAAAUCAUGACCUUAUUUUCAGAAUAAAGUCAUGAUUUUAUUACUUUAUUCUUGUGUCUUUAUUCUCAAAAAAUUACAACUGUAUUCUCGUGUUAUUUCGACUUUAUCCUCGUGAUGUUGUGGCUUUAUUUUUGUCAUUUUAUUACAUUUUUUUCUUAGCAUGGCCCUAUCACUCCGUCGUAGUUCAGUGUGGUCAGAUCUGGUGUUACUAUAUAAAGCAGUAUUAUGUUGACCUGCUGAAUUAAAUGUGUCAUGUUGAAGUUUUGUUUAACUUAGUGUCUUUUUGAUUUUCUUUUUUUUUUUUUUGCUUUUAUUUAUCGUUCCUUUUCCAGCUCGGUACCGGUUAGUCAAGCCUCCUGUGAACUGGACUGUAAGGUUUCACUCCUGGAGGAGUUUUCUUCCAUUCUGGCUCACCAGGUGGCCCUGACUUGCUUGAGGACUUUGGCCUGUGUGCUGUGUCGCAGGCCAAGCGCUUAUUAUGACUUGAGCAAUGGUCCAUUGUUUGCCUCUGAAUGAGGGCUCUCUGCCCUAAUCUGGCAUUAGCCUGCAGAUCUGCUCAACGUUUCUUACACGCAACAAAUAUGCUCACAUUCCACAGUCCGGAUGAACUCUCCGGCCUGUUUACCUCGCAAACCGAAGCUCCAAACAGUGCUGAAUCAGCAGGUUCAGAGAGAGAAAAUGUGAAUUGAUGAAUUGACGUCAGUUACUACAAAUGAAUCGUGGGCAACCUUUUUUUCUGGAUUGCCAACGGGACGUGGAACCUGAUCACAGCGGAAAUAUAAACAGCUUUGUUUUGUGGGCUUUCGCUGAGCCAACGAACCUCUUUGGACCUCAAAUUUCUAUAUAUUUUAUAAGUUGAUUAGGAUGAUCGGCGAACACAACAGAUCAGAUCAGGGAUAAACGUAGGGCUGCAUUUAAAGCCAUUUCAAGAUAUGAAACAAUGUUUCAAGCCUGGACGCAAUUUAAUCAGGCGCUCAAUAAAGAGUGGUAACAAAAAGCAACAUUUGUUGAGAGGAAAACCAUAAACACUCUCAUUAGCAGUUUGCAAUAAGCCAUAUAGAUCGAGGAACCAUGUGGAAGAAAGCUCUGGUCAAUGAAGCUUACCGCAAAACCUUUUUAUAAAAAAAACACUCGAGUUGUUUUUAAAUCGCCAUGUCUCCAUUAAGCCUCCUGUGCUUAUUGUUUGUUUGUGCAGCUUUUCAAGCAUCUAGCAGUUGCACUAACGGACAUCCGUAGCCGUGAUCUGCCCGUUUAGUCUUUUCAGCGAUCCAGAGACAGAAAUUCGCACCCUCCACUGCUAAUCCUUCAGACACGAAUAUCUCCUGCAACGGUAUGUCGACCAAGUGAGUUGAAAACGGCCCGUUAACGCUGACAGCAACCUCCGGGCGUGUGCAUGCGAUGUGACCAUUUUAUUUUCAACCGCAGAGGCUCGUAACAGCGAGCGCUUUGUGGAGUCCGGGGUCAGGGGCGGCAUUGAGAGGGGCGGCAGACAGAAGGGCAGGAAAUAAGAGGAGUAGGAGCUUUGAAGCAUGCAAGAAAAUCUCCUAUGAGGCUGAUGGUGGAAGUAAUCAGCUGCUGGGCCUCCUAAAGCAGCAGGCUUGAAUGUGAAAGAAAAGGAGCGGCUACUUCGCAUUGGGCUAGUGUGACAUCUAGUGGCUAAAAGGCAGAACGCAGGGGCCACACUGAAUCUUACCUUUAAGAGCCUCACGCCUGGUGUGUCAUUAUUGGAUGUUUGUCUUUCUACGUUUUUAUGGUUGGACGUGAUGACAUCAACUAUAAGUAUCCCGGGUUUUUAAAAAAGCCCCACAUGUUCCUGCCACAGCCUUUCAGCUUCCCUCUUUGUUUCCCUCUGUGUCACCUUGGAAAAAUAGCAGAAUGCUUAGGCAGUGUGAUUUGUUUUCUUUUUUUUUGUUGUUUUGCUAAACUGUUUCCAAAAAAAAAAAAAGGGGAAGUGGCAUCGUAGCAGGGGAAGCUGAUUAGCAUUUCUGUAACGACUCAAUGGUCCAGAGUAAACAUUUACACUGCUGUACGCACACGACACAGGGAGUGAGGCCGCUUUGACACCUGUUGAAGAGAGCUCGAUGAUUACAGAGGGAAGAAAAUAAAAACGUUCAGCUUGGGCAGCGAGCAGCCUGCCUUUGCUCAUUCUUAACCGCACGUGCAAUCGAUUCUGUGUCAGCCUUUGCUAUUUACUCGGUUGCUAGGCAGUCGGUGACGUAUCAAACGGCAGAAAAGCACCCCGCCAGACCUAGAAGGGCAGAGCUUCCCCUUCUUCCCCUCAUGAUCUCUCGCCUCCGAAACCAAGAGUCAGCCUGCUCGCAGCAAGGUGCCAUCUCUUCGUGCAGCUACGCAGGCAAACCACAUCAGUACGCGGGAUUUGUUGACUUCAGAAGCCAACGGACAAGUCUCUUUGUCUCGUGCAAAAAAAGUGCACAAGAAAGAGGAAGGAGAGGAGGGGUGUGUGGGUGUGUGUGUGUGUGUGUGUGUGUGUGUGUUUGCUACUGUGCAGCCGGAGGAGGAGUGUGUGUUGAUGAAGCAUUCGGAGCAUGCAGAUGCCAGCACAUGCUUCUGGUUCUGGACUCUUCCUUCAGCGUCCGAUGAUGAGUUCAGGAGAAGACGAGGCAACACAAGUGGCGAUGCUGACUAAGAACAUGAAGUGACAAACCCGCCCUCUGUGGUGUUUUUAUUUAAUAAGAGAACAACAACAUAAUGACUGUGAAUGAAACUGGACCCACAGAGGGGUUCUCAAGCAACCUCUCCCACCCGUCCUGCAACCAUGACUUGUCCUGCUGGGAGCAGACGAUGGACAAGAUGUACACCUACUUCUACCUGCUGCUCUUCGUCCCUGGCCUCUUCCUCAACACCACCGCUCUCUGGGUCCUCUGCAAACACUUCAGUAAGAAGACCAAAGCGGUGAUAUUCAUGAUAAACCUGGCCUUGGCAGACCUGGUCCACGUCCUCUCUCUGCCCCUACGGAUCUAUUACUACUUCACACACUCCUGGCCCUUCGGAAAAGGCAUCUGCUUGCUCUGCUUUUAUCUCAAAUACCUGAACAUGUACGCCGCAAUCUUUUUCCUGGUGUGCAUCAGCGUGCAGAGAUACAGGUUCCUCCUCAAGCCGUUCACCGCCCGCCACUGGAGGCGUCGCUACGACCUGCUCAUCAGCGUGGCGGUGUGGGUGUUUGUCGCUGUCGGUUGCUUGCCUUUCAUUCUGAUGCGGAGCAGCGGGAGCGGCAACGCCAUCGAGAACCUCCCCCAUCACUCCUCCACCCCCGCCAAGCCGUUGAGCAUGGCGUGCAGUCCAAACGCCAGCGCCGCAUCCAGCAACGGCAGCUGCUUCAAAGACCUGCCCACGCGGAAGAUCUCCGUCCCGCUGGCUGUCAGCCUGAUCAGCAUGUGCGAGCUGUUUGGAUUCCUGCUCCCUCUCGUCUGCAUCAGCUACUGCUCCAUCCGCAUAGCCUGGUCCCUCAACCACAGCCAGCCCCAGGACCGGCAGGACUCCGCCGCUCCCUGCCCCUCGAUGCGCAGCAGACUCCAGUCCUUCACUUCCAACGGCCACGCAGACAAAAGCCACGAAAAGCCCGCCAACAGCAGCGAGAAGCGGCGGGCCCUGCGGAUGGUCCUGAGCUGCUCGGCUCUUUUCCUGCUCUGCUUCGCCCCGUACCACAUCAACUUUGUGCUCUACCUGAUGGUCUCGCAGAGGUUUGUCGUACAGUGCGCCACCGUGCUGGCCGUCAAACAGUUUCACCCCAUUUCCCUCUGCUUGGCGAGCAUGAGCUGCUGCCUGAACCCUCUCCUGUAUUACUUCCUGAACGCCGAAUUCAGAAUGCACCUCAGGCGCACCUCGUCCUUCACCAACUCGAUCCUGUCCUCGCCGAGCUCCCCGAGAGACUGUCCGACGCAAGCCAAGCUGCUGAGGAUGGAGAGCAUCUGUUCCGAGAAGGAUUAGCAUCGCAGAGAGAAGAUCCCACUGGGCCUUGCAAAAGUAUUCAUACCGCCUCUUGAACUCUUUCACAUUUGUGAGACAGAGGCCCAAUCUCAAAGUGUUCAAUUGCAAAGUCAAUUCUUUUUAAGUCACGUGUGAUAUAUGUACAAAUUUCAUAACAACUGAAUGUGACAUGGUUACUUGAUUGUGCUGUAAAAAGUCCCUAUGUGCCUGGAAAACAUAAUACUGCCCCUUUAACAAGGUGGUGGCGUCCAUCUUUCCAUCCGUUCCAAUUGGCUUUCCAGUUUCUGAUGAGUGAAUGUCUUCCCACAGCAUGGUGCUGCCUCUCCCAUGUUUCACCAAGGGAAUGAUUUGUUCAGGCCAAUGUCCAGCUUUAGCUUUCCAACACAAAUUAUGCUUGCUUGUAAGCCAGAAAGUUACAUUUUGGGGGGGGGUUCUGACCGGACCACAUCUUUACUGUGUCCCGUCCACAAACCUGCUCAACAAGUCCUGCUGUCCUGCCUGUCCAUAUUUCCCCACUGUCACAGCCAUCGUCCUUCAUGGCUUGUGGCAAAAAGUAAAAGAAACUUCCUAUAGCUUAUGCCACUCUUCCAUGAAAGUCGGAUAUUUAAGAACCUAUUCAGUCAACACAUUAUCCUACCUGAGCUGUGGAUCUGUGAAGCUCCUCUAGAGUUACCAUGAGCCCAUUGGCUGCGUCUCUUGAUUAACGCUCUUUUUUGUCCGUUUAGGACGCCCACAUCUUGCCUCCCUUGUGGUUUUGCAAUACUCCACCCUGAUUUUUAGAAAACGGUUUGAACUCUCUGAGAUCUUCUGGAUCUUCAAACGUAUCCACAAGUAUCUACUUGAAUUAUGUGCUUGUGUUUAGGGAUGCACGAUAUUAUUGGCAUGGUAUCGGUAUUGGACGAUGUUAACUGUAAAAUUUAACAUCGGCCAUUCCAUCAGAAUAACUCACCGAUGUUUUUAUAUGACAAACCAGGGACAACGAUGCCUGCAGCACAACUUCAUAAACUGUUAAGUAUUAAUGCACGACUGAUGUGCUUUUCACUUGUUGCUUGUGAACAGAUUGAGUUUAGUUUUGUGAAGAUUUACAAACUUGCACUGUUUGAGCGUUGUCAUUGUCUGAGAGAUAAUGUCAUGAAUAAAUUUGACAUAAAAAUAAUGCUAGUUGGAAGUGCUACAUGAUAUUCAGCCUCCCUUUAGAAUUUGCAUUCAAUAGCAGGCUAAAUUGGCAAAGAUAAUGGCAAUUUUCAUUACACAGUAGAGAAAGCCAUAGAAUUUCAGUAAGUAGGUAUAGAAAAAACAUAUUGGUAUUGGUAUCGGUUAUCGGCCAAGUGAGUUUCAGUACAUCGGCAUAUCGGAUAUCGACCAAAAAGCCGUCCCUACAUCCUUAAUCUUCAUGAAGCUGUUCAUAAUCUGAAUAACAUCUGACUGGUUCCACUGGUUUUUAUUUUGGGGCAUCGCAGAAAGAACUCUGACAGCAUACAAUCUUCACGCAUUCGCUUAAAAAAAUAUACUUUUCCUUCCACUUUCCAUCAACGCACAACUAAAACAAAUAAAUACGCCGACGUCUGUGACUGUAUGAAAAACAUCCUGAGGCACAAAUUCUUUGGCAAGGCUCUGCUGUCUUCAUUCAGGUACUAUUUAAGCUGAACUGAAAUGACAUGCUUUUAUGCCAAAAAAAAAAAAGGGCAACCGGCUGGGAGCAAAGCAGACUUUAAAUCUUGCCCACGGACAGUUUGGCGUACGCCGACAUGUGAGGUUAGGAUUUGAUCAAAUGUUCCCAGCUCUGAAAAGCUGCGACCUGGAAGAAAGGAGGAAUAAGAAACAACCACCUCAUGUUUCCUCAUAAUAGUUCUCAAAUGUUUGUCUCCAGGCCUGUUAGUCCCCUGCGCUGAAUGUAGAAAUUUCAGAUAAGCUAUCUGACAGAAACCACAUGUCAGUGUAUUGCAAUUUACUGUAAAUACAAGCGAUGCUUUUGUCUUA